UUUUACGCUAGGAAAUUUAGAGAGUAGAAACAGUUUUAUUGGAGAUAUUUCGUUUUCAUUCAAGAGAAGAAAGUAUUUUUAGUAGCGGAACAAAUUUUAAUAUAUACCUUCGUAAACAUGCAUUCAAACUUAAAUAGAGAGUACAUUAACACCACCAAUUUUAGCUUCAUCUAGGAAAUACGCAAUUGUAGGAAAUUUAUUAGAGGUCAGGCGUAAGUGCGUUACUUCCAUAAAGUCGUCUACUAAUUAACGUUAGUGCGUCUGCGAAUUAAAAUGAAUUACAUAAUACGAACGUCCUUAAUGUUAUAAAAGCGGUAUAAAAGCGGUUCAAGAUUAAGAGUGGCGUCAAACCGCGGUUUGCAUACGGUGAUAUGAUCAUCGCAGCGUUUAUACCAUUCUUUUUAGCCGUGCAACUUCCCAUCGAGGAUGGUGCGUGGCCGUAUGGACCCGAGUACAUCUUCACCGUUCAUAUGAAUGUGACAGGGAUACCGCAGUGUCCCCGUCAUGUUCGAGCGUGCGGCACUCCGGCCGGCUAUCGUAUCACCUCCCGGUUAUACUGCAUCCCAAGGAGAAAUGAUACCCUGAGCUGUAACCUCAGGUACAUUGACGGUUUCGAUUUUGGUAUGAUCGGCGAAGAGGACGAUGUCGUGAACCGACGGAAGAACAUCACCGACGCGCCCAUCGAGCUGCUCUUUAAUGAGGAAGGCAUCGUUAAUAUCAUCACGAGCCAACUGACACGGAUCUAUGAUCUCAACAUUCUGAAAAUGGUGGCCGAGCAGUUGCAUCCCGGCAGCAAUUUUAAUAACAUCGAAGACAACACAUUCGAAGGCGUCUCUGAAUCCACUAUAGGCAGAUGCAACGUCACAUUCGAUGUGCAUCAUCGUUCUGAAAACGUGGAAAGGAGAUUUCAUCACGGCUUCCGAUUGAAGCUACUACCGUGGAAAUUGCAUAUGACUUCCAUCGAAACUCUCGUCAUCGAUAAAAUAACGAAUCUGAAUGAUUGCAGCUGUUACGCAGACGGCUACUUUCGCAAAUAUGGUGACACAGUCGUCUUUGAACGUUUGCAAGCGGAUUUGGAAAUUAUGAUUAGUCAAAUGGAAAUUAGUGAAACGAGUUUUAGUUCGUCUACAACGAGGAAAGGUAUUUCGGUUUCAAAUCGCAAGACAUAUGAUAUAAUCGAAAUUACAAAAAUAAUCUUGGAAGAUAUUCGGCCCGCCGAGAGAGAUCCACCCACGAUCAUUAAUCCGGGCGAGAGCAAGAUACUUGCUAAUUAUGAUAUAAGAAAUAUUUAUUAAAUACUAAUAAUAAUUCGAGUGUAAAUUAAUACUCCAAUAAUAAUUGUUAAAAAUAUUAAUGUUGUAACGUAAUAAAGUUAAUUUUAAAACAAA